UUCCACUGAUUCUUUGUGCAUAGAUCCAUUUCUUUCUUGUCUUUUCUUUGUCUAGGUCACGCUGCUUGCCCAUUUCUGCCAAGGUCUUUCUCUCUACAUUUUACAACCAUUUUCUGCUUUCAUGGCCACUUCUCCCAUCAGUGCAUCAGGGACAGAACUUGUGUCAUGAAGCAUGACUCACAUCGAGAUAUUUACGACUAAAACUUGGCUACUGCAGGCAACCCUGUGUAUGGGUCUCGACUAAAGGGAAUAAAUAACUGGUACUUGUUGGGUUUUUGGCAUUCUCUGAGGAUGAACUGUUAAAUACACUGAAGAGACCAAAUGGGUCACAAAAAGCCACCUGGACAUCAUUCAAAGAAACACCAUGAUGAGGAGAAAGGAGAAGAUUCAAAGAAACACCAUGAUGAGGAGAAAGGAGAAGAUUCAAAGAAAGACCAUGAUGAGGAGAAAGGAGAAGGCUCAAAGAAAGAAGCUCAUGAAAAGAAAAAACAUGAACGACAUGAAGAAGGCCCAAAGAAACCUCAUGAAGCAAAGAAACAUCGACCACCACCAAUUCCUGGUGAAGAAGAGAUAGUGAAAGAAAAGAAAAAAGAAAAAUCACACAAAGCUCAUGCCCCCGAUGAUGAAGAAAAACCAAAAUCAGAAAAACCACACAAAGGUCACAAAUCAAAACAUCCACCACCACCACCACCGCCGCCACCACCACCCACUCUUAAAACCGUGGUAAUACGAUUCCUCAUAGGACACGACUGCGCCACAAUAUGUCUUAUACUUAACUUCUUCCUUAUUGUCAUCACUUUGUGGAUGGCCAUUCUGGUGCAGCAAGAAGAGAUGAAAUAUGAGCCUCUUCGUAAGGCAAUACAGAACAUUAGGAAGUUCAUGGUUGCACAGAAUCCUGACCUUAAGGUAUUUAGUGAUGUUGAUAUAAUCCUGGAAGCUGAAAAGCUUGCAACUCAACUGUUGCCAUGGUCUACAAAGCUCAAUGAAAUUGAAGCUGAGAUUACUAACAUUCAAUUCAAAUUGGAUCAUAACUGGAUGGCAUAUGAAGGACACCUUUAUUUAUUACAUGACCAGUUAGGUAUCCAGCUUCAGAUAAAAGACUAUUGUCAAGGACAAAAAGCUGCACUUAUUUCAAGUAUAAGUGAGGAAGAGGAGAAGUUCUUAGAAGAAGAACUUAAAAAAAAAAAGCAAGGCCCUUACUUCAUCGGAUUGGUCUAUAGGUACAACACUGGAAACUGGCAGUGGUAUGAUAUUGGAAAUGUACCUGAAAAACAAUACUGGAAGCCCGGAGAAGAACAUAACACUAGAAAAGGACUUUGUGCAGGAAUUCAGAAUGAAUGUCUUACCCCACUAAAAUGUUGGGUCGUAAUGGAAUGUUUCAAGCCAGGAAGAGGGAUUUGCAAGCAGAAACCUGUGGCCAAAUGGAUGACCUAAUUAUUUGCUGAAUGUUGCACAAAAUUGUAUUUGAUGAACUCAGUGAGAAAAAAAUGCCAAUCGGUGAAGCAGCCUCUUAAAAACAGUUGCCCCAGUCAGCCACUGUGGCAGCAUGAAAGAAUUCCAGACUUUGACUUCCGCUUCCAAACACCUUUUCCAUCCAGACUUUUCAGAGAUGAAAGACACUGUCUUAUUUAGCAAAUAAAAAAGAAUCAAAAAAGAA